UAUAUAAAUCCUUCAUACCCCUCAGAAACCUUGGACUGUGUGGUUUGCCAGUGAUGUUUUCUUUUCGCAAGCCUUGUUAGCACAGGCAGCUGAAUAAACUACGCUUAGCUAGCAAGCUGCUAGUCGUAAAUAGAAAAGGGCUUUGCUAUAGUUUAUUUUAAACUAACUUUAGCUUCAUUAGCAUAUUUUGCUCCCUGCUUCAGCACAAUCGAGGCACUGGAUUGGCUACAAUUCAAUGGAGACGCUGUCAAAAACAGCCUCAGCUGAUGAUACGCGGGACAAGGAGCCCUGUCCACCACCACCACCACCACCAGCCAGCAGAGUCGUAUCUGAGAGCCUGUCCCUGCCAUCUUACAAAAAUUAUCCUGCUCACCGUCCCUUCAUCAACACACUUGUGCAUCACACACCCCCAACACGCACACAUCACUUUAGUCGUUCGCCAUCACCCAGCAAAGCCUUCCCAGAGACCAAUAGCGCAGCGAUCUUAUCUGCCCUGAGGAAUCUCCAGGAGAAGAUCAGAAGGUUGGAGUUGGAGAAAGGACAUGCAGAGCUCAGUCUGCGUUCUGUGGAAAAAGAUGUGUCACAUACUUUUCUGCAGAAUGAAAAAGUUAACCAGAGAUUCACAAAUAAUCAGACGGACACAGAAAGAAAGAUGAAUGGCAACCGAGUGUUGAUCACCCACCUUGCUGCUGCAGAGUCUCGCUGCGUGAAGCUGGAACGACAGCUGGAUCACAUGAAGAGGAUGUUGCGCAACGCCAGGACAGAGAGAACCAGCCUGCUCAAGCAGCAGGCUUCAAUGGAUCAAUCAGCUGAUCGCCAGCCUGACACAGUGUCUGAGCAUGCCCAGUUGGACAAACUGGAGCGACUUGAACAGGAGUAUCUCAGGCUGACACGCACACAGACCAAUGCUGAGAUGAAGAUUCAUGAGCUGGAGAUGAAACUACAGGAGGAGGAGCACCAGAGAAAGCUCAUCCAGGAGAAGGCUAACCGGCUACAGACAGGUUUGGAGGCCAACAGGAUUUUGCUGAAGUCAGUGUCACCGUGCCUGUCCAACAGACCGUCCAAAGAGAGGAAUUUAAAGAAAUCGUCGCAACAGCAGCUGUCCUGCACACAGCCACACUAUAGACUGAGCCUCAGAGAUGUACCUUUUGUUGCUGGAACGUCAGUCGGCUGCAGCCACUCAGUCAGAGCCAACGUCCAGUCAGUUUUAUCUCUCCUGAAGCAACACCAGCCGCACCUGUGCAACAGCCGCGUCCUCUCUCACAACACAAACGGCUCUGAGACGAGCAGCCGAAGGCGUUCAGACAGCUCCUCUUCUUCCUCCUCCACUAGUGGGGAGGAACUGUCAGAUCUGCUACAAGCCCUGCAGGAGGAGCUGCGACUCAUGAGCUUAGAGCACGAUGAGUUGAUGAGGCAGCUGGAGGACAGUGUGUCUGAACAGAAAAGAAAAGAACUUCAAAGGGAGCAGGAGAGGCUGUUGAUGAAAAUGGAGAGGAAGGGAGAGCAGAUCAGUAAGCUGUACAAACACAAAUCACAGAUAAAAAAAAUACGAAAGGAAGCAAAUUCCAGGCAGAACAGGAGGAAUGAGGUGAGAGUUUGUACCACAGCAUCCACUAGAGGUCGCUCUGCAGGAGCAGCUAAAGUAAAACCAGGAGAGAGAAGCCAAAGGAAUCUGAGGCUGCUGAGGGACAUGAAGGCUCUGCAGACUUCAUUACGGACCUGAAACUCAUUAAGAUCAGCCCAAUAGAUUCCUCUUGUUAGUGCUGCCUACCUCUGGCCAUUGUUACACUACAACAGCCGCUGACACAUUUGUGACCAUAUGACCCAUGAGCCCUUUGUUCUUCUAUUUAUUUAUUUUCUGGAACAUCCAAAAAUGCUGUGUGUUUUGAACCAGACCUUGUUUUUCUCUCGUGAUCCACCCAAAAUUGAUGUUUUUUCAAAAUGGUGUUUUUUUUUGUCCUUUUAGUCAUCUUAGUGUCUCAUGAAAAUGAAUCCAAAACAUUUUAAUGAUAAAGAGGGUUUCACAUUAUGCUGAAGUUAUUCUUUAUAACUACCAUUAAGGGGCCUUUUUUUGUUUAUGAAACUUACUGACUCAAAUAUUUGCCUCAACGCACAAUCUUUUUUUUUCUUUCCAGCAGAGGGCACAAAAGUUUAGCCAAGUAAUUUUUUAACCCUACUGUGGUCUACUCUUGUUCUGUAUUAUUGGCUUACCAGUCAUUUGUAAAACACUUCAAACUGCACAGAUCUGUGUAAAAGGUGCUGUAUAAAUCGUGUUUUGAUCCAUCGACCGAGACCUGUAGAAUCUAAAUUUUCAGUGUAGUUUUCUAGUCAUGGGUAAACAAUUUACAAUAUAGUUGUUCCCCAAAGGAAAGGAGAAAGACAUUUUUAAAAAGAAGUCAAUAACACUUUGUACUAAAAGAUUCCUGAUUCGCUAUAUUUGAUUAUCAAAUUUCGUAAGCAUUAAUGAAGAGGAUGUAGCAGUCAUUGGUAGUGUAAAGAAACUGCAGAGAUGAACUAUCAGUUUCCAGUUUAUUUGGUGCAGCCAAGCAAAGCCAGUGUGGGAUAAGACAACAAUCUUCUGUUUUUCUGUACUUUUAUUGACCUAAUGCUGUGCUGAAGGACCCAAAAAUGCCCUUUCUGUCUUUGGUUAAUAUGACUGAAUCCGUCCUAUGUGUCACAUUCCAAACCAUUCCUAAGAGCAUGUGUGAUGAUCACGAUAUUUGUACACAUUCCAAUUAUUUCUACAAAUCCUGUAAGUUAUUUUUGACAACCUAGAUUUGAGUGAAAACUUUGGGAAAUAAAGUAUUUGUUUGUGUACUUCA